CCAACUCGUCAGCGGUUUUGGUUAAUAGGUAUCAAUGCUGACUGGUUUCUUAUCAUAAUUCGUAAGAUGUUCAGUUAAAAUCCUAGUGAUAUAUAAAGAGGUACUGUGACACUUAUAUCAUAGUUGUUGUCAGGACACGGAAGUUUCACGUUUUAUAGCUCAUCAUGAAGUCCCUUCUAUUCCUGUGUUUAUUAAUCGCCGCUGUGUGGGCGCGCCCAGAAACAUAUGACACUCGAUAUGAUGACUUUGAUGCGGAGACCCUGGUGGAGAAUGUUCGGCUACUGAAGGCAUAUGGCCAUUGCUUCCUCGGCACCGGACCUUGCACUCCUGAGGGAAGUGACUUCAAGAAAACCAUCCCCGACGCUCUAAGAACCGGCUGCGGCAAAUGCACAGCCAAGCAGCGCCAUCUAAUUCGCGUCGUGGUCCAAGGCUUCCGAUCCAAGACUCCAGACCUAUGGCAACAGCUCGUCAAGAAGGAAGACCCUAAUGGCCAAUACAAGGAAAUUUUCACUAGGUUCCUGAACGGAUCCGACUAAAUAAUACCAAAGAGAUGUAAUGCCAAGGAGGUUCUUCUCCCGUACACUGCAAACUUUUAGUCGGCCGACGUUUUAACGAUCAGGUAUCGGACUACUUAAAAGUUUGAUUGCAUUUACAUGCCAGCCAUCGGAUCAACUAUAGGCCGACAAUUUAGCAGUGUGCGGGGGCUCGUUACGAAAAUGCAUCUUGUGCAUUUAUGCAGUGCCAAGUGCUAAUUUUGACAUGUCUGUGCGAAAAUUGUAUUAUCUCAUUUUCGUAUAGAUAAACAUUUUGGCUUACCUUGGCUUGAUUGACAUCGUCUGGGCAAAUAAAACGUAGGUCCGUGUUUACGUUACUAUUUUGUUAAACAUCACAUUAAUUAAUUAUAAGCUUUUGUACUAACUUAAUUUGUAAAGACAAUUACUUAAUCCUAUUGU